AAAUAACAAUUAAGAGGUGACACGAAAAGAGCAAGCCUCAGAUAGUCGACCAGACAUUACAGAGUCCUAACUCGAGGAGACAGAGCCGGUGCCUCCGCCUGCCCGCGUCGCGUCUACUGCCGUCGGUUGCCGCCUGCCGCCGCUUUUCCUCGUUUCAGGUAAAUCGUGUAUGAAGCUUUUCUUUUGUUUAGCUACUUCUGCUAGAGCUUUUUGGACUUGUGGGGCGUGCAAUACAGAAACUACUAAUACGAAACGGAGGGAGUACAUUCCAUAGCCAGAAUUUCAGAGACCUUACUCCCCAAAUGAACAGAAAUGCAACGGGCAAUCAUGUCAGCAAUUCCUCUACCCUUUCAAUAUACACAUUCUCUCAAGCACUUGUUCUCCCUUUACCCUUUCCAAAAGCCCCUUAUCCAGGUUUUCUCUCAGCCAAGAAAGAUUACAACUACUGCAAGACGACUGUUUUCGCUGAAACCCCUUUCAGUUUCAUCCCCAAUCAGGAAUUGUGGGGAUGAAAAAAUCGAUCCCAGAUACUUAUCUUGCUCGAUGCCUCACAAGAAUCCUCUCAAAGUGGCGGUUUUGGUUAGUGGCGGCGUUGAUAGUAGCGUGGCUCUUCGGCUACUUCAUGCUGCUGGACAUUCCUGCACUGCUUUCUAUCUCAAGAUUUGGUUUCAAGAGGACUUUGAGAACUUUUGGUCUGAAUGCCCAUGGGAGGAUGACUUGAAAUAUGCGAAGGCUGUUUGUGACCAGGUUGAUGUACCAUUGGAAGUUGUCCAUUUGACCGAUGAAUAUUGGAAUAAUGUGGUGUCAUAUAUCAUUGAGGAGUACAAAUGUGGCAGGACUCCAAAUCCAGAUGUCCUUUGUAAUACUAGAAUAAAAUUUGGUGCUUUUAUGGAUGCCAUUAGUGGAAUGGAAUUUGACUUUGUUGCUUCAGGACAUUAUGCAAAGAUUGUCCAUGCAUCUACUGCACAGCUAGACGAACCUUCUAUCUUGGAAUUGUCAAAAGAUAUGGUCAAGGACCAAACCUACUUCCUUUCUCAUCUCUCACAGGCUCAGCUUAAACGACUUAUUUUCCCACUUGGAUGUAUACAAAAGGAUGAAGUCCGCAUGCUUGCUAAGUCAUUUAAUCUACCAAACCAAGACAGGAAGGAUUCACAAGGAAUAUGUUUUCUCGGCAAGAUAAAAUUCAGUGAAUUUGUUGCUAGACACAUUGGAGAAUCAGAAGGUAUUAUAUUGGAAGCAGAGAAUGGAGAUUAUCUUGGAAACCACCGUGGCUUUUGGUUCUAUACUAUUGGCCAGCGCCAAGGUUUACGUCUUCCUGGAGGGCCCUGGUAUGUUGUGGAGAAGGAUAUUAAAAAUAAUGUUGUCUAUGUAUCAAGAAAUUAUUUCUCUGUUGACAAGAAAAGACGGUUAUUUCGCGUUGGAUCCUUGAAAUGGCUCAGUGGUUUACUUACUAGACAAAUCAAUGAGCUUCAAUGCAAGGUUCGUCAUGGUCCUGGUUUUUACAACUGCAGCUUGGUCAUGGAAGUUGAUCAACAUGGCCAGGAAGUUGCAGUUGUCAGGUUAUCUGGAGAUGAUCAGGGUUUGGCAGCUGGACAGUUUGCGGCCUUUUAUGAUGGAAGGACUUGUAUUGGUUCUGGCAUAAUACUAGAGUCAUGGGAUGAUCAGGGAUAUCCUAUUUGUGAGAGGGCUCUUGAAAUUGCUCGAAUGGAAGAUAAAUCAAAGCUCGGGAAACCAGUCAAGAUAAUGGUAAAACCAGAGCCUAGUGUUACUACAAUCUGAUCAUGACUACCAGGCAAAAUAAUUCUAGAACUAUUUUCAACAUGAAAGCUUUCUCAACAACGAGAUUUCGCCUGAUUUGGUAUCCAUUAAAUAGGCUGCAAUAGCUUGAAGAACAGCAGGGUGACAAAGUGUUUUAGGCUCUAUUCUUGUGAACUCUCGAAAUUUAUCAGUAGUAGUCUCUACCUUCUCAAGGUAGGGUUAAGGUCCGUGUACACUAUACUCUCCCUAGACCCCACCCGUAGGAUUACAAUGGGUUUGUAGUUGUUAUCAGGAGGGAUAGUGAAUUAUGCACCUGAUACUGGACUGGUUGGUUGGUUGAUCUUCAGUUAUAGAGGAACUAGUGUCAAUGGGAUGGACCAGUUGCUUCCUGUCAUGUAAAAAACCACAACAGUUCUUUCUUGCUCUCAGUGUAUCAGUUGAAUUUUCUUGGCUUUGAGAAAAAAAGUAUUUGUCCAAUUAUAGCAAAUAUCAUAUCACUGUUAAUCUCAAA